GCAGACUUCGACGUGGGAACUGUUGACACUCAUCAAAACACAAACCUCAAUACUAUCUACAGCACGACUCUUCAAGAGAACAAGGCGCAGGCGCCCAAACCCAAAAGAAGCACCCCUCCACAGGCAUACAUCAACAACAACACAUCAACAAUCAUACAUCAACGACCAUACAUCAACGACCAUACAUCGACAAAAUGAAGUUUUCAGCUAUCACUCUGCUCUGCCUUGCCAGUGGUCUGGCUAUCGCUGCGCCUGUGCAAGUGCCUGAUGGACAAAGCUCAAGUAUUGGCCAGCGUCAACCGGCAGAAAUCGACAACCGCGUUCCAUUGCCGGCAGAGAAGCGCGACCCAAGAUUCAAGAUACACACAAUUGGUGCACCCAGACCACAGCCACCACCACCGAAGAAGGGGCUUUGGGACAAGAUCAAGGGAAUCUUCAGCUGAUCGUGCAUUGUGGCGGAUUUGAGCAGGGAACUGUUGUGUAUGAGCGAGGAGUGGAGGAUCGGGGCAAUCAGGAUUUGGGCAGGUGUUUAGGUGUUUACUACAGAAGGGGUGAAGGUAAAGUCGUGCAGACGUGAUGGAAUGGAAUUGGCGUGAAGAUUUGUAGUGGCCAGAUAGAGUUUAGCGUGUUGAG